AUGGGACGUGAGUCGAGACACUACAGGAAGCGUUCUGCGUCUCGGGGACGGUCGGGUAGCCGUUCAAAGAGUCGCUCCCCGGACAAACGCUCCAAGAAAGAUGACCGAGACCGAAACAGGAGGGAGCGGUCACGGAGCCGGGACCGCCGCAGGUCCCGGUCCAGGGACAGAAAACGAGUCAGGCGCUCCCGGAGCAGAGAGAGGAGGAGGUCCAGAAGCCGAGACAGGAGGAGGUCGGGCAGCAGAAGCCGAGCCCGCAGGUCCCGAUCUGGUAGCCCCAGCAAGAGCAGAAGACCAGAUGAGUCCAGGAGCAAUGAGAAAGACAACGUUGAUCCUUUAUCUGACAAGAAAAAGAUUAAAGAGGAGAAAGAGGAUGAGAAGGUUGAGGAUCAAGACUUUGACCAAAACAAGCUAGAGGAGGAGAUGAGGAAGAGGAAGGAACGAGUGGAGAAAUGGAGGGAAGAGCAGCGGAAGAAGGCCAUCGAAAACAUCGGAGAGAUCAAGAGAGAACUGGAAGAGAUGAAGCAGGGCAAGAAGUGGAGCCUCGAGGAUGAUGAGGGUGAGGAAGCGGAGGAGGACGACGUGGAUCCUCUGGACGCCUACAUGGAGGAGGUGAAACAGGAGGUGAAGAAGUUCAACAUGGGAGCCAUGAAAGGAAAUGAUAAGAAAGGAGCAAUGACAUAUACCAAAGUGGUGACCGUUGUUAAAACCAAGAAAGGGCCCAACACUCACAAGAAGAAGGGGGAGCUGAUGGAGAAUGACCAGGAUGCUAUGGAAUACUCGUCAGAGGAGGAGGAGGUGGAUCUGCAGACGGCUCUGACUGGCUUCCAGACCAAACAAAGGAAGGUCCUGGAGCCUGUUGACCAUGGAAAGAUCCAGUACGAGCCGUACCGCAAAAACUUCUAUGUGGAGGUCCCUGAGCUUGCCAGGAUGAGUCCAGAAGAGGUGAACGUGUACAGGCUGGAGUUGGAAGGCAUUGCCGUUAAAGGGAAGGGCUGUCCCAAACCCAUCAAGACCUGGGUGCAGUGUGGAGUGUCUAUGAAGAUCCUCGGUGCUAUGAGGAAGCAUGGCUACGAGAAGCCCACCCCAAUCCAGGCCCAGGCCAUCCCUGCCAUCAUGUCAGGCCGAGACCUGAUUGGCAUCGCUAAGACCGGCAGCGGGAAAACCAUAGCCUUCCUGAUGCCCAUGUUCCGACACAUCAUGGACCAGAGGCCCCUGGAGGAGUCUGAGGGACCAAUCUCUAUAAUCAUGACCCCGACCAGAGAAUUGGCUCUGCAGAUCACCAAGGAAUGUAAGAAGUUCUCUAAACAGCUGGGACUCAGGGUGGUGUGUGUCUAUGGAGGCACCGGCAUCAGUGAACAGAUUGCUGAGCUGAAGAGAGGCGCUGAGAUAAUCGUGUGCACACCUGGAAGAAUGAUUGACAUGUUGGGGGCCAACAGCGGUCGUGUCACAAACCUGCGCAGAGUAACAUAUGUGGUGUUGGAUGAAGCAGACAGGAUGUUUGACAUGGGCUUCGAGCCACAGGUGAUGCGUAUUGUGGACAACGUCCGUCCAGACCGCCAGACAGUCAUGUUUUCGGCUACCUUCCCCAGAGCCAUGGAGGCCCUGGCUCGUAGGAUCCUGGUCAAGCCCAUUGAGGUCCAGGUGGGAGGCCGCAGCGUCGUCUGCUCUGAUGUGGAACAACAUGUGCUGGUGAUUGAAGAGGACAAGAAGUUUCUGAAGCUGCUAGAGAUUCUGGGUCACUACCAGGAGAAAGGCUCGGUCAUCAUCUUUGUGGACAAACAGGAGCAUGCAGACACACUGCUAAAAGACCUGAUGAAAGCCUCGUACCCCUGCAUGUCACUGCAUGGAGGAAUUGAUCAGUACGACAGAGACAGCAUCAUCAACGACUUUAAGAAUGGAGCGUGUCGUCUGAUGGUGGCCACCUCUGUGGCAGCCAGAGGCCUGGACGUCAAGCAGCUGAUCCUGGUGGUCAACUACAACUGUCCCAACCACUACGAGGACUACGUCCACAGGGCCGGACGCACAGGCAGAGCAGGCAACAAGGGCUUUGCCUAUACCUUCAUAACAGAGGAUCAGGUUCGCUAUGCUGGGGAUAUCAUCAAAGCUUUGGAACUCUCCGGCUCUCCCGUCCCGUCUGAACUAGAACGGCUUUGGGCCUCCUUCAAAGACCAACAGAAAGCAGAGGGUAAGAUCAUCAAGAGCAGCAGUGGCUUCUCAGGAAAAGGCUUUAAGUUUGAUGAGACAGAACACGCGUUGGCGAAUGAGAGAAAGAAGUUGCAGAAAGCUGCUCUUGGACUGCAGGACUCGGAUGAUGAGGAUGGAGCCCUGGAUAUUGAGGAGCAAAUCGAGAGCAUGUUCAAUUCCAAGAAGAGGGUGAAGGAUCUGUCUGCUCCCGGAUCGGCCACCGGUUCGGCAGGAUCAGCUGCCACCACAUCAGCUGCCCAAGGAGGGCUGCCAGGCCUCGGACCCCCAUCUGCUGGAAACAUCCAGAAACUGGAGAUGGCCAAGAAGCUGGCGCUCAAGAUCAACGCUCAGAAGAACCUGGGCGCUGAGGCUCAGGAUGUGAUGCAGCAGGCCACCAACGCCAUCCUGCGGGGUGGUACCAUCAUGACACCCUCUGUGUCAGCCAAGACCAUUGCGGAGCAGCUGGCGGAGAAGAUCAAUGCCAAGCUAAACUACACCCCCGUGGAGAAGCUUGAGGAGGAGCAGCGGGCGGCUGAACAGGCCGAGACCAUCAAGAGAUACGAAGAGGAGCUGGAGAUCAACGACUUCCCUCAGACGGCCCGGUGGAAGGUGACAUCUAAAGAAGCUCUGCAGAGGAUCGGUGAAUACUCUGAAGCCGCCAUCACCAUCAGAGGAACCUAUUUCCCUCCAGGCAAAGAGCCCAAGGAGGGAGAACGCAAGAUCUACCUGGCUAUUGAAAGUGCAAAUGAACUGGCUGUGCAGAAGGCCAAAACAGAGAUUACGCGGUUAAUCAAGGAAGAGCUCAUCAGAUUACAAAAUUCCUACCAGCCGACAAGCAAAGGCCGGUACAAAGUGUUGUAGAGGAGGAACAAAGGCUCGCCGGGGGAGUUUCCGUCCCUCAACAGUCCCGUGUCAUCUCUACAGUUUCAUUAAAGUGGUUGAAGAAUAUUUUAGUCUAUAUAUAUAUGUGAUAAUGUUCCCGUCAUUAACCUAAGUUUAGUUCAUGUUUUUUUUUUUUUUUGGUCAUCUUCCCCCCCCCCUUAGUUUCCUCUGUGCUUCACUUGAGUUUCCUUUGAUUUUAUAUCUACAGACCAUAAAUACCAAAAUGUCUAAUGCGGGUUUGACCUCCGGUGUCAUUGAACCAUCACAAUCUGCAUUAUGACUUUUAAGUAUGACAUUUUCUUUUAAAUGUAAUUUUUUUUGGGUCAGAUUUCACUCUGUUGUAUGUACAAACAACAUCCCAGCCAUAGACUUUAUGAAGAAAUAGGCAGAUGAAAGAUGUUUUUACUUUUCUGCACAAUAAAAAUUUGUUGCUAAA